AGAAGCGCGUCCAUUACAAUCAGACUGGAACCAACAUCAGAACCAAGAAGAAGGUAACACCUAGGUUCAGCGGAGUGUCCGAACAUCUUACACCACCAUAAUGGCUGACCCGGAGAAGCAGCCCGAACAACCCAAGGCUGUUCAACAAAAAAUGGUCAUCGCAAACAAAGUGACUGGAACUGUGAAGUGGUUUAACGUGAAGAGCGGAUAUGGCUUUAUCAACAGAAAUGACACCAAGGAAGAUGUAUUUGUGCAUCAAUCGGCCAUUGUGAAGAACAAUCCGAGAAAAGCAGUGCGCAGCGUCGGAGACGGUGAGGUCGUUGAAUUUGAUGUGGUUAUUGGCGAAAAGGGCCAUGAAGCCGCAAAUGUCACCGGUCCAGCGGGAGAAGCUGUGAAGGGUUCACCCUAUGCCGCGGACAAGCGUCGCGGUUACCGUGGAAUUCAUUGGGUCUACCCAAGACGUGGCAACGGACGACCUCAAACUCGUAGAUCGCGCGAGGGUCAGGAAGGCUACGAAGGCGAAGGAAAAGUCAGCGAUGACGCAAACGCGACCGACGGCGGCGGCCAACCACAGCAACAGCAACGCCGCUACAGGCUGCGACGUCAUUACGACGGUUACUAUCGCGGAGGACGUCGUUCCGGGCCUGCUUCAGGCCAGCAGCAAGGAGAAAAUGCUGGCGAAGGUGGUGAACCAGCGGAAGGAAACGGCGAGGGCGGCGCUCCGCCGCGUGGUGGUGGUCGCGGACGUGGUGGACCGUCACGGCGCUACUUCCGCCGUAAUUUCCGUGGAGGAAGAGGCGGUGGCCCUCCACGACGCCCUCGCAGCCAGGAUGGCCAUUCGGAGCAGAAGUCGGAUGCACCUAAAGAUUCGGAUGCACCUGCCGCUGCCCCUGCUCCACAGGAGAGCCAACCGGUGCAGAACACCACCACCGAGAGCACCGCCUAACCGAAAAAAUAACGCGCUAUCGCCGCAGGACACUCCUUUUAAUAUAACACCAAGAUCCGUUAUAUACACAGAAGCAUUGUCAAUUGCGGAACAGCGGCAAAAACAGCAACAGCAACAAUGAAGCAACAACAAUAAAUAUAUAACAAAUCGAAAAAUUAAAAAAAAAAUGAUAUACUCUCCCACGAAAGCAGAUUAACAUGCGUACGCGUGGCAAACCUUGGGAAGAACGAUUACAGCAGGAAAGGUAACCAAUUACGUGCGACGAAAUAAAUCUCUCUCCGACCGAAUUAAAUAUAAACUUUUGUUGUUUUGUACUUUCGAAAUCUUCACGCAGAUAUCACGGAUAUUGUCAGCAUCUUACGCACGAAGCUAAAACUCAAGAUUUGAGAGCCAGCCAAGUCGUAUUAGAUGACAUUCAUUACUAUUACAAAAAAAAAUAUUGUUAAUUAAUUUGUGGUGUUGAAAACGACAAACAUCGAUGGUGAUUUCAUUAUUUCGAGACACGUGUGUUCGAGACUUGAUGAUAUCGAAGGUACAAUAGGCACGCGUGAUUUUUCUUUGUGACCCGAACGGUCUCUCUUAGCGAGACUUUCUAAGAAAAAGUUAAUCAGAACAGUAACCGAAACCAAUCAAAUCCGCGGUUAUUCGAAUGGAAUGUAAGGAUUGGUUAAAAAUUUACUGAAAUAAGAGAUAAAGGAAUAAACAAAAAAAAAACAAUAGAAGAGUAAAGCAUCGGAGUACGGGAGCGAUGAAUUCGAGCGCGACAAGAAAAAGAAUAUAUAUGUAUAUUUUUUGUUUGUUUUUUGUGUAUUUCUUGUUUCGUACACUUCUAAUUUUUCUGCGGUAAAGGCGCAUUAUAAACCGUUUAAUAUGCGAUAUGUAUUUGAGUUUUAUUGCCAUUUCCACGAGCUUUCUUCACUCUCGGCGACUUCCCACCAAACGGACUAACGAAAAACCGAUACGUGAAUAUUGCUGAUGAACGAGUCCCGCUCGCACUUGUUGCCCGUCUCAAAAUCAUUUGUCUCUUUCGGCUUGUACCGCGAAAUCGAUGGGAUUGCCGUAUUGCUUUUACUCUUUUAUGCGCAAUUGCCUGGCGUUAAUCAAUAAGCGUGGCAUAAGUAAUCAAUAUAGUUAAUGCGAUCGUAUCGAAUCUAAAUUUUCUUACCUUUUAUAAGCGAUUUGUAUCACAAAUAGAAACGAUUAUUGUAGUAGCAUUUAUCUGUAUUUUUAAUAUUGAUUGUAGUGAACACUAUCGAUAUUGACCCCUGGCGGGUCAAUAUCCCGUCGGAGCGCGUACUAUUAAUUAGCGAUUAUUGUUGCUUUGACUUCACACGCUAUUGAUUAGGCGCCCAGAAUAGAACGCGGAAGUUCGUGAGGUUUCUCGUGAUGAGAUGAAAUAUCCUACUCCCACUUGGUCCGAAGUUUCGCCAAGGUGGAUGGGAAGAUAUUCGCGUUCGUUGCAUUUCGUAUAAAGUAAAUAAUUGAUAGAUCGCAGAUGUGCCUCCCCGUCAUAUCUGCCGAUUCGCUUUUGAAGAAUCCUUACGAACUUCGGCGUCCUGUGAUCGUGUAAAUGAUCGUCCGGUUGUUUCUGAAAUUGAUGUCGAUCGACAUCGACAUCGACAAUGCACCAGAGUUUUUUUUUUUUAAACUACUGACCGUAUGCAUGCAGUAGUCGAUUCGAUUUGACUUUUCAGAGCCCGGCGUAUCACACUGCGAUUCGAUUGACAAUAUGCGAUUAUCGUAGACUGUCAUGAGAGCUAGUGAGAGAGAAAAUGGAAUUUAUAUACUUUUGCUAACUAAUUUUUAAAAUUUUAGUUUGUAAUAUCGUCGACAAAUAGUAAAACAAUGUAUAUGUACUUUCUUCAAAGAAAAUCUAAGUCUUUAUAUCUGGUUAUAUCAAAAUUCUAUCAAUUCGUUUUUUUUUUCCAUUUGAAUCUACCAGACGAUAAAAACGUUUCUGCAAAACUUUCCUAAUAUUUGAAGCAUCUUUCGAAUUUUCGUGUCGUUUGAACGUAGCUUACGGAUGUUACAUGUCAUUUGUUUCCGUCGUCGUAUAAAUUCGGUGCCUAUCAAAAGCCAGUGGAAAUUAACCAGUGUUGGGCGAGAUAAAUUCACAAAAACCGUUACGAAAGUAACAAGUUUGUGAACGUGCUAGCGUAUGUAAGGUACGCAGAAGUACAUACAUUCACAAAAAGUGUGCAGAGUACAUGUCACCGAUGCUGAUACAUGAACAACAUACACUUUCAAGAAUCAUUGUUCAUUAUUCAUAGAUAGAGUUUGCCCAACGCUGACACUGACACGCGAUCGUUCCCUGCUUGGGUGCCGGCAGAGAAAUUCCGCCCAAGAUAUCGUGUAUAUCACAUGAUCGUUUUCAACUUUGUCUCACUGUCUCGUUUGUCACAUCCCGUUUGUGAAGUAGCGUUUGUCAGGCCACAAUCCAAAUGUGUUGAGUCUUCGUAAAAUUGCAUAAUACCUUUGUUGCAUAAUACAGAACUCGAAAAGCCCGAGUACUCGGUAACUCGAGAUCCGGAAUUAUCAGAUUGGCUAAGGUAGUAGAGCGGUGUAGGGAAGUAAUAAAUGAGAAAGAGAUGGAGAGGAAGAGAGAGUGUGCGCGUGAGUGUGGUGCCAAGUGGAGAGAGAUAAACGCGCGGUUACGUUACACGGACACGCGUUAUUUUCACUUUUACAACCGUAGAAAGAAAUAAAUGAGACGAUCGAAUGCCGAAUGGGCUCCCAAGUCGCGCCGGAAGUCGCCGAGAUUCUUUUAUUCGAUCCAGCAGGAAUAAAAACCCUUGCGGAGAUCGCGAGAUCGACAUGUUGCGUCGCGCUUCGUUCGCUUUUCUAUUUUCAACCGCGUUCCGCUGGGACGAGACGAGAAUGACGACUUUACGAGUGACUUUCCGGGUCGCGUUGUUUAAUGUAAUCACUCUUCCGUUGUUUAACGUAACCGCGCGUUCUUGCGAAAAACACAGUAGAGAAAAAGAAAUUAAAAAAAAAGAAAAUCCAAGAGAAAUCGGCUUCUCGAGACAGCGACAGAGAAGCGCGAAAACAAGCAAACGUUUCAAGCGGCGCGCCGGACGGGCGCGCGAUUGUAACUGUCUGCAAAAAAAGAACAAUGCAUGUGUUACAGUGAAUAUCAGAAGUUAAAACAACAAAAUGCCAAAAAGAGUGACGACGAAUCCAGCAGUUAAACUUACACGCGGUAAAAAUAUCCAGCCAAGAUAGUAAUCGAGAAAAUCAGUUUGCGCUUCGUCGUUCGGAUUACAUUGCCGUCGUCGAAAUAUUUUGGCACGAUCACUAGACAAUUGUGAUCAAUCAUGGAGCGUACGUGUUCGUUACAAAAGUUGAAAGACGGCUUAUGAUCGGGCGACAUGAAAAACUUUACAGGAAAAAUUCGAUCUGCGACAGGCGUCAUAUACACGGUCCAUUCAAUUUCCGGGCACUUGGAGGAAAACUCACUGAAUUUUCGACGAAGGAGACAAUCUCCACGAAGCCGGGGUUCUCUGCAUGUCGAACGAUUGUCGAAAUUAUUUAACAUACGAAGCGUCCGAUCGCGUGUAGAUUCUUCUCGUUCAAAAAUCUUAGUCCUCCGUGCACGUAUUUGCUGACUUAAUGGCCGUCAAUAUAUUGCAAAAUUUUGCGAGUGUUAUCGGCGUGUUUCGGUUCUCCUCGUCGAGUAUUAAUCAGUGAUCAGACUCGUCGGGAAGACGAAGACUCGAGUCACUGUCGGAGAAAAAGGAAACGAAAAUCGUCCUUUCAUCAGAAAGAAUUUUCGGGAAAAGAAGGAUAGCCAUGACAUACGCCACCCUUCUCGCCCGAAAUUUCCGUCGUGCAUUCGCGUCGUGUCCGUCGGGGAAAAUAAUCGCAAUAAAAAAGGAUAUCACGUCGCGACGAUCAAUUAGCUCCGAUUCGAGUUUCGCACGAGUAAAGGCGAUACUCCUGCAUAUAUAUAUAUAUGUAUGCAGGAGAAAGACGACGACAGGGACGAAGAAUAAAAAGGAAAAAGUAAAAACUGAAGAAAAAGAACCGAAAUCCCGAUCGAGGAGACGUUCAACUUUCGAGAGACAAAGAAAAAAAACGUAGAGAAAAUCUAUCAAAAGACCUCGACGGACGCCGGGCAUGACGUUGUCGUCGUCGUCGUCCGAGCGUGUCCCGAUAAAGUCGUCCGUCGACUGCCCCCUCAAUGAAUUUUGUACCGAAACGUGAAACUCUAAAUGCUAAUUUCAUACACGAAAUUUAAUUUUUUCACGAGAAACAUGUGCAUUAUAAAAAAUAAAUCUACCAAAAAAA